AAAAACCUCAUCGCCUUUUCUCACUCUCUCACCAGCACAAAAAGAAAGUCACAAACGCACUUCCCUUCCUUCCUUCUGAAUCAUCAUCAAUGGCGGAGAAGACCUUCAAGUACGUCAUCCUCGGCGGCGGAGUCUCUGCCGGAUAUGCAGCUCGGGAGUUUUCCAAGCAAGGAGUUAAGCCAGGCGAGCUAGCAGUCAUCUCGAAAGAGGCGGUUGCUCCCUAUGAACGUCCUGCACUCAGCAAGGCUUAUCUCUUCCCUGAGUCUCCUGCUAGACUUCCAGGGUUUCACACCUGUGUUGGAAGCGGAGGAGAGAGAUUGCUUCCUGAUUGGUACAAAGAGAAAGGAAUUGAGUUGAUUCUUAGCACUGAAAUUGUCAUAGUAGAUCUUGCCGGGAAGACUCUAGUUAGUGGAACUGGGGAAACCUUCAAGUUUCAGAUUCUUAUCAUUGCAACUGGUUCAACUGUUGUAAGGUUGUCUGAUUUUGGUGUGAAAGGAGCUGAUGCUAAAAACAUUUUCUACUUGAGAGAAAUUGAUGAUGCUGAUAAGCUCAAUGACGCAAUUAAAGCAAAAAAGAAUGGGAAAGCUGUGAUUGUUGGAGGAGGAUACAUUGGUCUUGAGCUUGGUGCAGCAUUGAGAAUUAACAAUUUAGAUGUUACUAUGGUGUACCCUGAACCGUGGUGCAUGCCUCGGCUUUUCACUUCUGGUAUUGCUGCUUUCUAUGAGGGUUAUUAUGCAAACAAAGGAGUUAAAAUCAUCAAGGGAACAGUUGCUUCUGGGUUUACCUCUGAUUCAAAUGGAGAGGUCAAGGAAGUGCAUCUAAAAGAUGGUAGAGUGCUUGAAGCUGACAUUGUUGUUGUUGGUGUUGGGGGAAGGCCACUAACAUCCUUGUUCAAGGGACAAGUUGAAGAGGAGAAAGGUGGAAUUAAGACGGACACAUUCUUUAAAACAAGUGUUCCUGAUGUAUAUGCUGUGGGUGAUGUUGCCACUUUCCCUUUGAAGUUGUACAAUGAGCUCAGAAGAGUUGAGCAUGUUGAUCAUGCACGCAAGUCUGCAGAGCAGGCCGUAAAGGCCAUCAAGGCAAGUGAGGAGGGAAAGACAGUUGAGGUCUAUGACUACCUUCCAUACUUUUAUUCUCGCUCCUUUGAUCUGUCAUGGCAAUUCUAUGGUGAUAAUGUUGGUGAGACCGUGCUCUUUGGAGACAACAAUCCCACCUCACCAAAGCCCAAGUUCGGAACCUACUGGAUUAAAGACGGCAAGGUGAUCGGUGCAUUUCUGGAGGCUGGCACUCCUGAGGAAAACCAGGCUAUUGCCAAGGUUGCAAAGCUCCAACCUCCUGUUGAGAGUUUAGAUCAGCUUGCGAAGGAAGGUCUUUCUUUUGCUAGUAAGAUCUAAACAACUUGAUGUUGAUACAAAAUAAAUGGAUAUUGCUUGUUACCAGGAGUCUAGAUAGCUUUUACAGACAUUGUUAAAUUGGUUUUCAUCGAGUGAUUCCAAUAUUGUACUUUGGGAUUGAAUACAUAAAACUCCUUUUGUUGAGAGUGGUUAAUCCUUC